AUGCCAGCCGAAGUUUCUUCCUGGAUGGCUUCUUCCACAAUAGAUUCACGGAGCAUUUUGCCCGUUUUCCAACAGUCACCGCACACCAGUUUCGAAAAGUGUUUGGACAUCCGCAGCGGCGCUUGUACCUGCCGGACGCAUAUUGAGCAUAUUGCCAAUUCGCCCUGUUGCUCGACUUGUGAAGCCUCCUCAAUACGCUUCAGCAAAUCAUUGAGGGUACGAAACGGUUCCACAUCUGCCGCGGAGAAGACUAAUCUGCAAUUUGGGCAGGUUGGUGGUUCUGCAUUGAGCAACCUCUGCAAACAGGGUUCUCUGCAGAAGAAAUGUUCGCACGGCAGACGAUAUGCGUCUUUGCAAGUCUCUAGGCAAAUUGAACACUCUACUGCAUCCAAGAGAGCUUUGGAUGACACCGCCAUUGCUCGCUGA